CCGUUCCAUAAUCGUGCAGUUUAACACUAGACAGCUUGUAGGCCAAGUUAUACACCUGGUGAAAAAAUGACUUGAGCCUUUAUGAACGAUGUUAGGAGCAACACAUCAAGUCGGCAUACGUCCAGUACACGAACCACAGCGCACUGAAGCAGAAUUACAACUUUUUGGUAUUGGUUUGCCCGUUGUUCCAGCAGUCAUGUUCUAUCCUAAAUGCAGCGCGGAUGGCGGCAGCGAGCAUUGAAAACCAAGCAUAGACUGUGAAAAGUUGACAUACCACGUUCAAGUGGAGCCUGCUUGGUGGAUCAGGUGUAUGCCGAAUUUACCAGAAGCCCCUACUGGAAAGAUUGAGGUCCUUAUCCAUACUCUACUAGAGCCCUUUACACGGUAACCUCCACACCCUCCCUUUCCUUUCCAAGCCCUGCCUUUUCUGGCCCGUCCACAGAAAAAAGUGACAGUGGAACAAAGAGCAACCAACAUUUCUUUUCGAGAGAUCAGUCAACCCUAGCAGACACUCUGGAGCCAUCGGUACAGAAACGGAAGAGAACGGUGAGCAACGAUAGUGGUCAGGUGGAGGGAAACAUCUCUGCAGCUGAGGGGGAAGCUGGGAUGUGGGACGGAGCCAUGGAGACCCCGGAGGAUGAGGAGGGCCGUACCUUCAUGGAGGUGAUAAGUGAGAAAUACAGCCCGGAGAACUUCCCGUACCGUCGGGGGCCCGGCAUGGGGGUAGUGGUGGUGCCCACCACCAUCUCUCAAGGUUCCCCCAUGAAAGACCGUCUGAACCUCCCGAGCGUGCUCGUAUUGAACGGCUGUGGCAUCAUCAGGGCAGGAGACCAGGCUGAGAUCGCUGCCUUCUGUGCCCACGUCAUGGAGCUGGACCUGUCCCAUAACAAGCUGCAGGACUGGCAUGAGAUCAGUAAAAUCGUGUCCAACAUCCCCAACCUGGAAUUCCUCAAUCUGAGCUCCAACCCCUUGGCAGGAGUGGCCCUGGAGCCAAGAUACACCGAAGCCUUUUCCAGAGUCCGCCGCCUCGUCCUCAACAACACACAAGUGUCCUGGGAAACUGUGCUGCAGCUCACACGGGAGAUGCCUGACCUGGAGGAGUUGUUCCUGUGCCUUAACGAGUACACUUGUGUGACGGCGUCCAAUGAGGCCUGCCCCAGCCUGCGCCUGCUGCACAUCACCGACAACAGCCUCCAGGACUGGGCCGAGGUCCGCAAGUUUGGCUCCAUGUUCCCCAGUCUGGACACUCUGGUCAUGGCCAACAACAACUUGGCCUCCAUCCAGGACGGCAAGGAGAUCUUGAAACGGCUCUUCCCCAACCUACGCAGCAUCAACCUGCACAACUCAGGUCUCACCCGAUGGGAGGACAUUGAGAAGCUGAACUUCUUCCCGAAACUGGAGGAGGUGCGACUGCAGGGCAUUCCUUUAUUGCAGACCUACACCAACACAGAGCGACGCAGCCUCAUGAUAGCUCAGCUUCCCUCCGUCUCAUCACUAAAUGGUAGCGCUGUGACUGAUAGUGAGAGAGAAGACGCAGAGAGGUUCUUCAUCCGUUACCACUUAGACUACCCUGAAGAGGAGCUGCCUUAUAGAUAUCAUUGCCUGGUAACCAAGUACGGGAAGCUGGAACCACUGGCCGAGAUUGACCUCCGACCCCGCUGCCAUGCUCAGGUGGAGGUGCACUGUGAGGACAAGGUGGAGCAGGUGAACAUCCGCUUGGACCAGACAGUAGCAGAGCUGAAGAAGCAACUGACAACCGUUGUCCAGCUGUCCACCAACAACAUGAGGCUCUACUACAUCGACAAAGACGUGUGCAGCGCCUUCGGCCCAGAGGAGAUGAAGUACAGCACCCGGGCUCUCCACUCCUACAGCAUUCGAGACGGCGACGAGAUACUGGUGGUGCCCAAGACCAAGUGACCCAACUGGCUUCCAACUGGCUGCUUAAAUUGACCGAUUGAUCGAUGAAUUGGAUUAUUUGUUGAUGGGCUAACUGACUUUGCAAAACAAUUUGAAAAUGCACAGGAGAGCAUUGGUGGCACACGUGUUUGAAUUGAAAGAAUAAUACAAGAACAAGGUAAGAUCAGGAAGAUGCCAAUGCCAUCAUGGAGACUGGCCAGUGGACUGCUGGGAGGCUCUGGCUGGAAAUGGAGCCACCUGUCUGGAGAGACACUGUCUUUUUAAUUAUUUCCAAUCAAGCUUUAUUUGAGGGCGUCCACUGGAAACAAGGGACAUCUCUGUCGCAAUGGAGACCAGGCAAAGAAAGCAACAAGCAGUCAGCCAGAGGCUGAAGCAGAGGGCGGGACACAGCUGUGCCAGCAAAGCUUUGUUGAAGCUCUAUCCCCUAGUACAUGGCAUGUACCAUAGCAUCUGCAUAAGCAAGAGCCAAGACCACAGGCCUGCCCACUUGUCACAAAUCCUAAUCCUGAUCAGCAGUUGGCCAGUGAUGCAGAAUGGAGAGUAUUAGCCUGCUGAACUCGAAUUAUAGUUAUCCAGUACUGGGCAGGGACUACUGUUCUCAUCUGCACUUUUAGAGUAGGCACAAAAUCAGGAAGAGCUGCAGUUCUUAAAGAAAAAAUCCACCCUUACACACUGUAACCCCCCCCCCCCCCCCCCCCCCAGCAUUAUCUUUGUCCUGCAUGUCCACUCUUAGAUGAACACAUAACAGGGUUAUUAAUACAAUAUGCAAAACAUGUUUUAUCAUUAUAUCUGCAUAAUUGGACUUCAUGUCCCUUAAGUUUUAAAUAAACAGUUCACUCAAAAAAAAAAUCCAUUUACCCCUACUGCAUAAAGUGUCAUAAAUUGAUGAAUGAAAAAACUCAGCAGCCACAACUCUUUUGAAAAACAAUGACACAAAUGCCUAGCAUAAUCCAAGAGCUUCUUUGGGAACUAAUUCCUGCCAAAGAAGCCUGGCCAACUGGAUCUGCCCCCACCAAAUUCAUACUCCUUGGGAGUGUAUAAGUGAUUUUCCAGUUUCCCUUAUCUCAGUUUUUCAUUUUGGUUUUUAAAUUAGUCUUAAAUUAAAAUUCCGGUAGAAUUAAAAAGGUCUUUAAAAGUCUCAAAUUUUGUCUUAAAAAUAAUCAUCUUAAUCAUGCAUGCAGCUAGUAAGUGUCUGGCUAUGUACUGUUUUUAUUUUGUAUACCAAAUAUAACUUGCCAGAUGUAAACAAUAUAAGAUCAUGUCCAGGUAUUCGACAGGAGUUGAAAUAGCAGGAAAUGUUUCAGCUAUCUAAAACAUCAGAUUUUGGUGUCAGCCUCCCAGAGUCAAAUAGAAAUAUCUUUUCUGUAGACUUACCAUUUUGCAUUUUGACCUGAUGUUUAAAGCAAAAUUGAACCCUGGUAUAGUGUUGGGUUGUAUAGUGACCUGGGUGUGAUAUGCAUCCACAUGGUGGUGAGAUAUCCUCAUUGGCUGCUAAUCCACAAUAUUGUAUCUCUGUCUGUCCAUUUACUUCCAUAUCACAGCAAAAACAGCUCCCAAAUUAACAUUUUUAGCAUGUUAACUAAAGCAAACAAACUGGAUUAUAUCAAAUUUAAAAAACGAGUCCCAGUACCUAUUAAAUUCAUGUAAUUACAAUUAUUUGUCAAAGUACUAUUAAGUCAUUUCUUCCUGGCUCAAGCUUACUAUGCAGAUGUUUCUGCAGUAUGGAAUUGAAUGGCAAGACACAAAUACAGUAUUCUGGAUAAUCAGUCCAGGGGUGCAUGGAGAAACUUCAUAUCUCACCACCAUGUGGGCUCACAUCACGUCCAGGUAACUACACAACUCUCCACCAAAGUUCAAGCUUGAGCAAUCAGAAAUACGUUGUUGAAGAGGCAGAGACACUAAUUUCUCCACUGACAGUUGUCUCAGGAGAGCAGAGUGUAAUGCAGCCACAAGACGUGUUGAGUUGCAAGGAAGGGCUGGGAGCAGGGGAGUUAUUCUGAGAAAUGAAGGAAAUCACUUCCUGAAGUGGAAGUCGACAAGGCUCUUAGGAUGAGGUGGACAUCACAAAUUGAUGAUAUGACAGUGUAAGAGUGUCUGAGGGGGAUUUUUCCUUUAAAACUGACAGAUAUAUGUUCAUUUGUUUCCUAUCACCAAACACACACAUGCAGGCAUAUGUACAUAUGCACACACACUUUCCCAGAAAGCAGUUGUUGUGUCAUGUUACGUGCUGCCCUCUAAAGGCUGCAUCCCUUCAUCUCUGUCCUUGGUGUGAUGGUGCCCCGCCACCGGCCUCAACCUCACCGGGGCGAGGCUGUCGGCCUGAGAACAAAGUCAUACACACACACCAGAGUGCUUAAAGACAAUCUGUCAUCGCACACUCUGCAUAGGAACCAAAUGAAGGCAUGACGUGUAGUUUUGAAAUAUGUAAAUGGGGAAUUGAUCAGAAUCGACUUGCUGUCCUUCAUUUUAACAGAUUCUGGGAAGAGAGGUGAGUUCUGAGUCCCAUUAUCUCGCGCUUCCAUGAGCAGUUUGAGUGAAUGUGGUAGCAAUCUGGUUUCAUCAAAUCCCCUGAUUUAAAUCCUGAGUUUGUUACACACCAUGUGGUUGUACUGAUUGUUGCUGUCAUUCAGAUCAUGAUAUUUGAUUUGCUAUUUGCUAUUAGAUUUUACAGAUUUGUCUAACCUGGCAAAAGCUACACAUUUCUUCCCUUUUUAUAUGUAAUUUAUUUAAUUUAAUUUUUAGUUAAUUAAUUUAAUUUUCAUGUUAUAUUUUUGAUUAAUUUAUUUAUUAUAUUUCAUUUUGUUUGUUCGCAAGUAUAUAGUCAGUAAUUCCCCUUGAACUGUGACUGAUGAAGCAACCUCCUGAAAAGUUUUGUGCAUCUAGUCCUUACACUGCAGAGUUUUUGGUGAAAUAUCCCUUUAUACCUCCACACUAAUCACUUUAUCUGCCACAGUAUUUAUAUUUAUAUAUACAUUCCAUCUUUUUCAUCCUGCACAGAAAUAGUUUUCCUUCCACCAAAGAAAGCUCAUCAACAUAUUACUACUCAUGUGGAAUAAGUACGUAUUGAUUUGUAUUUGUUAAUAUAGCCACCUUAUAAGGGAAUCAUUGAUGCUUGGUGCUAUAUAUGUUCCCACAGCAACCAUCUGAGUAGGAUAAGGGAAUCUAGGCAGCAAGUGGUAUUAUAAUGUGUGUGUUGCAACUGAUAUAUCAAGGCCACUUUAAAUAUAUACUGAAAUAUUCCCAUUUAGUGGCUGCUUGGUAUUGUGUGGGCUUGAGUCUUUCAUUCAUGCACUGAUGAGAUGAAAGAAUGGAUCAUGACUGUGUUUUUUUUUCCGAGGACUGACUAAAACAUUUAUGGAAAGGACACAGUCGGACUGUGAUAAAAUUCCUCCUAUCUCAGUAUCAUCCUAUCUCAGUGCGCUUUGGCUCGUUUGUGACUCCUUUUUUUUUUGCCCAAAGAAAACUGUUAAUAUCUCAAGGAUGUAGAUGCUAGAAUAGCUUCCUUCCUCACUUUAAUAAUUUAAUAGUGUUUCUUAUAUAACUCUACCACUAUACUUGAAUAUUAGUAGAUGUAUUGGAUGGUGUUAUAAUAUCACAGACGGUGUGCCGCUAAAGGAAUCAGUAUUAAGCUGUGGUAAUGAUAUAUAGCAGGAUAGAUGAAAAGUGUGAUGGUACCGGCGCCUGUUUCCCUGUUUUAUUACAGUUGUGGUGAGUAAAUGUAGUGUAGCAUGAACGACAGCCAUAGAAACCUGCACAGAGAGGCACCUGCUGUGGUGCUGGCACUGACAUACAAGUCUGAACAAAUGUAUUAGGUCAUAGUGUCUCUGCUAACCCGUGUGAGGUUUGUUUGAGGUGUGAAAAUGUAGUACGAGAUGAGUUCCAGGGUGUUUGAUUUUAUGGCGUGCGUAUCGUUUGUUUUAUUUCAUUUGGUCAGGAUGAAAGUGUACAUCAUGCCUGUACUUUUCAGAAUAAUGUACCUGAUGGUAUACUGACUUGGUGAAGUAUGUAGUGUACCUGCAAUCAGUUGUAACAACAUCAGGAUCUGAAUUUACUCACUGACUUUCCUGCCAGAUUUUGUUUAUGAACACUGUUAUUUAUUGUUAUUGUAGCCUAAGUGUCCAACCUGCCGUAAGACUAAAAUAUUCUCUAAGCCAUUUUGCACCCUUUAUAGGAGAAUCCAUUCUUUAAUUUUUAACACUGUUAAAAAGAGAUAUCGGUGAUGUAUUUAACUUGCAUUCCUGGAUCCAUUUUGUUGCUUUCAAUGCAAAACUGGCCAAAUUGAGGCAACGUGGUGUCAUAUUGUGAUGUUUCCAGUGCUUUUCACAAUGUACUUUUGACAGGUUCUGCGUUGAAAGGAGCAAGGCUAGUGAAAGCUUCUUUGUAGAGCUGCCAUUUUGCACUGAUGUUCAACACAUACGCAGGGAGAACUCACACACUGAAGAGGCACAGAUACCAAAUUUCUCCACUCACAGUAGCCUCGAUAGACCAGAGGGCAAUGAAACCCCAAAACAUGCCGAGUAAGGUGUGUGAAUCUUAAGUUUUUCUUACCUGGAAAAACUUUUUUUGCUCUUCACCUUCACGUAAAACACUACAUCUGAAAGCUCAUGCUUGUUUUUUGGGGGAUUUUGAAAAUAAUUCAGGAAAACCUCAAAUUUAAUGGCGGGAUGACAUUAAAACCAAGCGGGUUUUAGGAAGAAGAAGGUGGAAAAAGCAAAUUACAAAGCUUCAUUACAAAAUAACUCCUGGAAUGCAUUGAACAUCACAUGUAUAGCACUCUAAAAGUAUACAACGGUGGAUUUUUCCUUUAAUCAUAAUCAGGUAUAUUAAUCAUACUUUAUGAUCUCCUACCGCAGCUGUAAAGUGAUCACAGCCUCUUGCAAAUGAGAUGAAAUGAUUCUUUCUUUUCCUGACUAGUUGAUUUUGGCUUGCCUGGUGAAACAAGUGAGACUUCACUGUUCUUUAGCUUAACAAAAUACUCAGCAUAACAGUAAAAUCCUAGACCUCUAUCUACUGGCAAUAAGAGCAGUUCAGCCUGGAGAAACCUGGCAGCUUCAGUCCAGCAUAUCCUGGUUAGUUUGAACCGAGACACUCUAAAUAGAUAUUAGUUACCAUGAGCACGCCAGUGAGUUGCACCGCUUCCUUCGCCUGCCUUUAAAAGUAGUGUAAGAGAGCCUCAUUUGGAUCAAGUGAGGAUAUACUUAUCUCUGAUUAUAGUGUUACUGUUGGAGUGCAGGAGACCCAGGUUUCAUCACGUCUCUGUCCUGCUCAUUCACCAGUAUUGAAGCUGAUCAACUCACUCACCUACAUCACAUGGGACUGUUUAUAAUCUAGUGUGAAAGUGUAUCCCUAAUCUUUUUUUUUAAUGUAAGAGCUCGUUUGAGGAACCGAGUGCAAUCCAGAUGAGAAUGGAAUGAGUCGACUGAAGUCAUUUUUCUCCUACUUCUGGCAAAUGUAGAGAAAGAUGUAUCACAGAAAAAUAAUAAAAUGGCAGUCUCCCCAUCACCAU